GAGCUGGGAUAUUUUGCCGUGGCGGAUAAAACCCAGCUAGCCCGCGCCACGGACACGGAUAUCUUCGCCGCCCUCAGCCCCUCAGCGUCGCGAGCUCUCGCCAUGGCGCUCCCCCUCGCCCGCCUCCUCCCCGCGCCCCCCGCCUGCCAGAGCCAGCCCCCGCUUGGCCUGCGCUUCCCCACGCGCCACGUCUCCUUCGCUGCCUGCUCCCGCGGUCACCGCGCCGCCUUCACUUUCGCUGCCCGCGCGGCCGCUAGUGCCCCCGCGGCCCCGGCCCCGGAGGCGGUGGCGGAGGAGAAAGUGGAGCCGAGGACGCGGCUCGUCGCGCAGAACAUCCCGUGGGACUGCACGGCCGAUGACAUGCGCGCGCUCUUCGAGAAGCACGGCUCCGUCGUCGGCGUUGAGCUUUCAAUGUACAAUGCCAGUAAAAACAGAGGGUUGGCAUUUGUAACGAUGGGUUCAGAAGAGGAGGCUUCUGCAGCUCUCAACAAUCUCAAUUCAACUACUUUAAAUGAUAGAAAAAUCAAGGUGGACUUUGCGCAACCUAGAAAGAAGCAACCUAAGCAAGUUAAGCAACCUGUUGUGGUAUCAGAUAGCACGGAAAAGUACAUUCUGUUUGUCGGAAAUUUGACAUGGAGAGUUAGAAAUCGGCACCUUCGUGAAUUAUUUGCCUCGACCCCAGGUGUCCUAUCAGCUGAAGUUAUCUUUCAUACCACUACACCAAGGCGAUCCGCUGGUUAUGCAUUUGUUUCUUUUUCUUCGAAAGAGGAUGCAGAGGCUGCCAUAUCUACUUUAAAUGGACAGAAUUUGAUGGGACGGCCCAUUAAUGUGAUGUUCAAAGAAGAAAGUGCUAAGAAGAAUGAAUCUUCUGUCCCAAAGGAAGAGGUGUCCGAGGUGGAAUCAUCUGAGCAGAGUGAUAGCUAAACACUAACCUUUCAGAGAAUCAAGAAAAGUGAAAUGAAUUGAUCUGUGGUUAUAUAUUCUGACCCAUGGGAUGCCGUAUUGUCACUCCGUUUUGCUGGUUCAGGGUCAGGGCUCAUCAAUUUUGAAAUACGUGCUCUGUAAGUUCUCCGGUUGAUAUCUGUAACAUUUGGAGGUCAGGAAUGCUGGGAGCACGCAAAUAUCACGCAAACGGCUGACGUACUUGACUGCAGUUUUUGUCUGUGAUGAAAUGUUCCGUUUGGAACAUACCAGAUAGAAAUUUGGCCGGUCAGAAAUACUGUUCUUCCCGGUUAGUGGGAUUGAAGGGUUUGGGGAUUAGGCUCAUAAUUUAGUGAGGGGCCAUGAAAGGAAGGGUUAAAAUGCCCAGGCUCGAACUAGACGGUGCCAUCCGCGUGGAUGAGUCUGAGGAGCUCCUUCACUGACUUGUUAAACCAGAUAUUUGUUUGUCUUCAAACCCCUCCUACUCCCUCCGCCCCAAAAGAAAUGCAACUCUCGCGAUAAGUCAAAUA